CCUUCUCUUCUAAGAUGGCCUUCUCUCAAUGGCUUCGAUAUAACCAAACUUCUUUUCCUUUUCCACGAUUCCUGCGCAUUCGAGAAUCCAUAGGAGCUCCGGCGAUCGUCGCGUUGUCUGAUCUGUAUACCAUGGCCGAGGAGCGGCAACUGAGGCUAGAUUUGAAGGAGUUGAGCAUCGCCAAGAGACCCCGAGUCGUCUCCUUCCUCGCAUUCGAGAUCCGCGUCCUAGACGCUAAGCGGCAGCACAAAAGGCCGCAGUCUCAGCGGAAAAGGCGCCUGUUGAUGCUGGUGGUUUCAAGCUAUGUCACUCUUGGAUCGUUCAGCUGGGAUCAAGACAAUGACAAGAUAAAGAUCUAUAUAUCUAUUGAAGGCGCAGACCAAGAGAAGGUGGAUGCUGUUUUUAAGCCGGUGUCUGUUGACCUCAAAUUGCAUGAUAUUAAUGGGCAGAACUAUCAGUUCUCUAUUCCAAAAUUGAACAAGGAGAUUUCGCCUGACCAGUGUAAGUUGGUAGUCAAACCCACCAAAGUUAUUGUUACUCUUGUCAAAACUUCCAGGGGAAAUUGGCUGGACCUGCACUUUUAAGGAAGACAAGGUACUUGUAGUUUCAUAAAUUUUAGGUUCUGUUAUGGUAAAUUCAUGUGUAUUAAUACUUUCCAGUGCUCCUUACAUGCUUCUAAAACUUACCAUUUGUAGUCUUACCCGGCAAAAAUUAUAUGAAGCACAUAACAUAGGCGGUAUACAUGCGCCUGGAAAAGAGACAAGUAGAAUUUGGUAUGUUUGCAAAUACAAAACAGGAUUGAAAUGGUAGUUGCAAUACUAUGCACAUUUACCCACUCCUGUUUCUCGUAUACCUGUGCAAAUUGUAACAAGAUGU